CCCCGCUCUCUGCAGGCUGUGCAGUCUGACCCUGAAGAGGCUGAUGGUCCUGAGAGAACUGGACCGAGAGCUCAGCUCCGUGGUCAUCGCGGUGAAGAUCCAGGGCUCCAAGCGGACUCUAAGAUCCAACGAGUACCUUCUCCCUCCAGACGGCGUGAUGGAGACAGAGCUGGAGCUCACCUUCUCCCUGCAGUACCCUCACUUCCUGAAGCGGGACGUGAACCGGCUGCAUGUGAUGCUGCAGAGGAGGAAGAGGUACAAGAACCGGACCAUCCUGGGCUACAAGACGCUCGCUGUGGGCGUCAUCAACAUGGCCGAGGUGCUGCAGCAUCCAACAGACCGAGCCCACAUCCUCGGUCUCCAUAGCAACCUCAAGGACGCCUCGCUGCGUGCGGCAGAGCUGAGCGUUCUCUCUCUCUCCAGCCAGCCAAUCGAACAGGAGGACACAAGCGGUAACCACGGCAACAAGACCAAGGCCUCAGAUCGCUCUCCUGACUUGGAGAACUACUCGGAGGACGAUGACGACAGCUUCUCCUCGGAACAGGAAGGAAGUGACGACGCCGUGCAGACUCAGGACAUGUACGACGACGAUGAAGACGUCCAGAGAAAGACGAAGAAGUCUCACAGGAAAAUGAUCCGAGCGACCUCGCUGACGCAGCAACCGAAUUUCAAACAGAAGUUUGUCGCUCUGCUGAAAAGAUUCAAAGUCACAGACGAGGUCCUGGACUCGGAGCGGGUGGGUCAGAGUCAGGAGGUGGAGGAGGACCUGGAUCUCCUCUACGACAGUCUGGAGGUUUACAACCCGAGCGACAGCGGCCCCGAGCUCGAUGACAACGACAGCAUCGUGAGCACGCCUAAACCCAAACUCAGGCCGUUCUUUGAGGAGAGCUCUCAGACUGAGAUGAAGAGUGAGAACAGUCAGCACCAACACAGAGAACAGACUACAGCUGCUGCAGAGCUGUCGUCUCCUGGAGGUCUGGGGACUCACGACGAGUCCAAAGGAGAGGAGGCUGGCCCCGGG